GGGCGGGACGGGCGCGGAGCGGCGGCGGCGGGCGCGGGUCAUGGCGGAGCUGGCGCAGGGGCAGAGCGCAGCGCCCGUGGGGAUCAAGCCCGAGGGGUUUGUCGAUGCUCUGCACCGGGUCCGGCAGAUUGCUGCUAAAAUUGGAGAUAUUCCUCACUUGAACAAUUCCACAACACUUGUGGACCCCUCAGUCUACGGUUAUGGAGUGCAGAAACGGCCCCUGGAUGAUGGAGGUCUCCGUGUGGGUGGGCUCCAUGGAGCACAGCUGAGAGACACAGACAGAAUAGGUAACCAGUUAGGGGCCCUGGUACAUCAAAGGGCUGUAAUAACAGAAGAGUUCAAAGUGCCUGACAAAAUGGUUGGAUUUAUCAUCGGCAGGGGAGGAGAGCAGAUCUCAAGGAUCCAGGCAGAGUCUGGCUGCAAAAUUCAAAUUGCUCCAGACAGCGGUGGCAUGCCCGAGCGGCCCUGCGUGCUCACCGGGACGCCAGAGAGCAUCGACCAAGCCAAGCGGCUGCUGGGGCAGAUUGUAGAUCGCUGUCGGAACGGACCUGCUUUUCACAACGAUGUUGAUGGCAACAGCACCAUUCAGGAGCUUUUGAUCCCGGCGUCCAAAGUGGGGCUGGUCAUCGGCAAAGGAGGUGAAACAAUAAAGCAGCUGCAGGAGCGAACGGGGGUGAAAAUGAUCAUGAUCCAGGACGGUCCUUUGCCCACCGGAGCAGACAAACCUCUCCGGAUUACUGGAGAUGCCUUUAAAGUGCAGCAAGCAAGGGAAAUGGUUCUGGAGAUCAUCCGAGAGAAAGAGCAGGCAGACUUCCGAGGCGUGCGCAGUGAUUUCAGUGCUAGGAUGGGAGGAGGCAGCAUAGAGGUCUCUGUGCCCAGGUUUGCUGUUGGAAUUGUGAUAGGAAGAAAUGGAGAAAUGAUCAAAAAGAUUCAGAGUGAUGCUGGAGUUAGGAUUCAAUUUAAACCAGAUGAUGGCAUUAGCUCAGAACGAGUGGCACAGGUCAUGGGGCUGCCAGACAGGUGUCAGCACGCAGCACACAUCAUCAGUGAGCUCAUCCUCACAGCACAGGAACGAGAUGGCUUCGGGAGCUUGGCCGUGGCCCGAGGAAGAGGUCGUGGCCGUGGGGACUGGAGCAUUGGAGCACCUGGGGGCAUGCAGGAGAUCACCUACACAGUGCCAGCUGAUAAGUGUGGCCUUGUCAUAGGCAAAGGCGGGGAGAACAUCAAGAGCAUCAACCAGCAGUCGGGAGCCCACGUGGAGCUGCAGAGGAACCCCCCUCCAAACACAGACCCUGGAGUACGAAUAUUCACCAUCAGAGGGGUCCCCCAGCAGAUUGAGCUUGCCAGGCACCUCAUAGAUGAGAAAGUUGGUGGUACCAGCAUGGGUGGACCUGGAGGAUUUGGUCAAAGUCCGUUCAGCCAAGCACCUGCCACACCUCAUCAAAAUGGUCCCCAGGCCUUCAUGCCGCAGGGUUGGGGCAGUACCUACCAGACGUGGCAGCAGCCUGGACAGCAAGUCCCAAGUCACGCUGCCAGUGCUGCUUCUCAGGCGAGCUCCCAGCCCGACUACACCAUGGCGUGGGCAGAGUAUUACAGACAGCAGGCUGCCUACUACGGGCAGACCCUGGGGCAGGCUCAGGCCCACAGCCAGGAGCAGUAGAACAAGAUCCUCGCUGCAGCCUCUUUGUCCGUUUCGUUUUGUUUCUUUGGGUUCGUUUUUUUCCUUGGAAUCAUUGUGGAAGAAGAAUCUCUUUUGUCUUUUUUGUAACAGAGGUUUCUAGAUCUGCCGAAGACUUCUUUUCGCCCUUGUCUGUGGGCAAGGCUUUAGCCCUAGGAUAAUCCCUACUGAACCUUGCUAAGAAUCAGGAGCAAUUCAUAACCUACUAAACUGCUGGACCUGUUGGGCAUUUUCUUUCCAAAUUUGGUUAAAACCAGAACUGCUUCCAAACCCCCUCCAGGAUUCUUUGGUUUUUUUGGGAAAGAAACCAGAGAAAUUUUCCAGCCCCUCCCCCGCUCAGAGCUGUGACAUUUCCACACCUGGGGUUUGGGAAUUGUUCAGGGUUUGUUUUCUCUCUCUCUCUCUCUCUCUCUGUUGGUUGGGGUUUUGGUGAAGGUUUUGUUGUUGGUUUGGUUUUUAUCCUUUUUGGGUUUUGUUUUUCCAGUCUUUUCUGUGACAACAGAAAAAGUGGCUUGGAACUCUUAGGGGGUAGGUAACAGCUCUUAAAUUAAGAGUGGAAAAAAGAGGAGGGGAAGAAAUCAAACAAUAACAAGAGGAGGAAUUAACCAGGAUUAAAAAAAAAAGAGAGAAGGAAAAAAGCCAAGAGGAGGGGAAAAAUAAGGGGAAAAAAACAAGAGGGAAAAGAAGAGUUUAAAAGAUGGGGGGGGGG